GCCCGUGGGCUUCUCACGACGAAGCUGCGCAAAGGUCUGCUUGAUAGAUACUGAUUUCUUUGUGCUGCCUUUCUCUCUUUUGUUCGUGGUAGCCUAUAUCGUUAAUUUGGUCGUGCCUUUCAUCUCGACUUCUGCUCGUAGUUGUUCUUGAUGACGUGCUUGGGGUUUCGUUGUGGGGUUAGUCUUGGUUGGACCAUUCGUAACUUUCUUGUUCAUCCGGUCAAUUGGGGUUUACUCGUAGCUUUCUCUAAAAAAUGUCAUUUGCUAUCGCGGAGUUAGGUGCCAUGGCAUGAUGGUUCUGCUGCCCACAACAAAUGGUCUUCUUGCCCAUUGACUAAGAAAACGAAACAUGAUGGUUUUGCUGCCCACCUUUAAAGUGGGUGAUGGGUGAUCUCUGUCGCAUUCGCAUUUCAUCGAGCAGGUUCUCCUCUUCCACCAGCCAUGGCGUCGUUGCCGUCGUCCGUCACGGUGCUCGACCGGUUCCAAGUGUCCCCGCCCCCUGGCUCCGCCCCGAACGCCUCCCUCCCUCUCACCUUCUUCGACGUCGUCUGGCUCCCCACCGGCCCCGUCGAGCGCAUCUUCUUCUACCCCUUCCCCCACCCCACCUCCCACUUCGUCUCCCACCACCUCCCCUCCCUCAAGUCCUCCCUCUCCCGCGCCCUCCGCCACUUCUACCCCUUGGCCGGCCGCGUCGUGCCGCCUUGCGGCCCCUCUCCCGAAGCCAAGUUCCAGAUCCGGUGCUCGGACGGCGACUCCGUGUCUCUCACUCUGGCGGAGAGCUCUGAUGACUUCCGACAACUGUCUGGCGACCAGCCGCGUGGAUUUGGCAGGGUGUACGGCUUGAUCCCUCAGUUGCCGCCCACCGGCGACGGUUCUAUCCCCCUAUUAGCGUUGCAGAUCACGGUGUUCCCGGAUCAAGGCGUCAGCAUCGGCGUCGCGGUUCAUCACGUGGCCUGCGACGAUUCCAGCUCCAUCCACUUCGUGAAGUCAUGGGCUGCUGCUGCCGCUUGUAGCGUAGAAGAUCCAUCCGAGUCUCCGCUUUCGCCCCCUCCUCUCUGCGACCCGACCGUGAUCGCAGAUCCGGAUGGAUUGUACUACAAAAUUCUCACGGAAAUGCAAAAUCUGAAGUCAGCCGGACCACCUCCGGCGCCGCUCGACCUGCCUCCCGUCGGCACGGAGCAGGGCGAUGCGGUCAUUGCCUCGUUCCUGAUCGGGCGCGAGCAGAUCGACCGGCUCAAACAAGGCGCCAUGGCUAGAGCCGGCGCGACCCACGUCUCGACCUUCGUGGUGGCAUGUGCCUUCGCUUGGGCGUGCCUGGUGAGAGCUCAAGCCGGCUUCUACGCCGGCAAGAAGAGCGCCCAUUUACUGUUCUCGGUCGAGUGCAGGGGGCGCCUGGAGCCGCCGGUUCCAGCGGGCUACUUCGGCAACUGCCUGAGGCCGUGCUUCGUGGAGGUGUCGAUGAGCGACCUCAUCAAAGACGACGGCGUCUUCGCGGCGGCGGAGGCCAUCGGCAGAGCGAUCAAGGGGUUGGAACACGGCAUUCUCAAAGGCGCAGAGGGAUGGCUUGAGAAGAUCGUUUCUCUGACGGCCGAGCGGCCCAUGUCGAUCGCCGGUUCACCGAGGUACCGCGUUUACGAUGCAGACUUGGGGUGGGGAAGGCCAAUAAAGGUGGAGAUGACCUCGAUCGAGAAGACGCCGGGCACCGUGUCCCUCGCGGAGAGCAGGGAUGGAGGAGGAGGGAUCGAGAUGGGUUUGGUGCUCCCAGAGAAGGACAUGGAUGAGUUCGCUCGUGCUUUCCUUGUGGCCUCGAGCUUUCUUGAAACAUGAUCAAUAUAUGAUGGUUAUAAUAUGUGGAUUUCGAUGA